UUUGAACCUGUCCCAGCAGCGAGGAAAUCUAUUUCAAGAAGAUGAAGCAGGUUCUUGUGGCCCUGAUUUGCCUCAGUAUCUUCACCUUGUCUCUGGAAGCAGAUCCUGUUCCAAGAGCAAAGGAAUGUUGCCGGAAGUACUCAAAGAGAAUUCCUGCCUUGACAAACAUCCAGGGUUACAAAAAAAUGAGUCAACGAUGUAACAGGGACGCUGUGUUAUUCAAGGUAAAUGGCAAAUGGGUCUGCUUAAAUCCAAAAGAUAAGAAAGUGAAGGAACUUGUGAAGAAGUUUUCCCAGAGCUUGUCCGGGUGAAGCUGAUAUUGAUUGCCAAAUGAGGACAUAAAGAUUAUCCACAGAUCAAAGAAAAUUUCCAAAUAUGUUUUAUCUUUUUAAUUGUCUGCUUUUUGACAUUUUACACAAGCAUCAAUGGGGCCAGAAAAUUCAAAAAUGCAAGCAAUGUUCAAACAUGCCAUUGAAAAUUUUGAACAAAUGACUGCUGAAUUGGAUACUGCUCCUUAGUGUUGGCACUGUUUCUACACAUUAAUGAUUUACUCAUUUUGUUGUUUAAUACUACAAACAUGGCAGCUAAUGAGAUGUGUCAGCCUGCAUGUGGACAACAAAUGAUUGCAACUUUUUUACUGAUUAAGAGUUGAAUUUUUCUCACACCCCCACCCAGUUUUCUGACCUAGUCGACUGAAAGUAGUGAUCAUUGCUGGGGCUGGUUGUAUCUGCAGUGACUGAACUUGGAUACCUCAGACAAGCAACUAUUUGGCCUGUGUAGGCACACACUCAAAGUGUUCUCAGGCCAUUCCCAUGGUGAUAUCACAACCAAAUCAUCAAAAUUGGCUUUUGUGAGAAAAAACAAUCUUCUGCCUUUCAGAACUAGGGCAAACCUUGCAUUAAAUGUGUCAUAAUGUAACUUACUGACAUAUAAUACCGUUCCAUGCAAAACAUAAAAUUAUAGCCAAAGUAAACCAUUGUCAUCAAAGCAAUAAUUCUUUACUACAUCUUUUAUAUUUAAAUUAAGUUCACUGUCAGGCAGUGAAAAAUCAGUUUUAUCAUAUUAACAUAUUUCAGAAAGAGACUGAACAAAGGCAGUGCCCCUUUAAGUUGAUUGGAAAGGGAAAUGUCAAUUUUCCUUCAUGACAUGAUGUACAAUAACUCUGAGUCUUUGCACUGCAAUGCACAUUGAAAUGAUGGCUGAAUGUUUAAAUUAUUGUUCAGUAUUACUUCUUUUUAACUGUAUUUUCUAAUGUUUCCCAAAACCAGUGACUAUGGUUAUUCUAUUAUUUAUUUCACUUGUAAUUUGCCUACAUCUUGUUUAUCAGGUUUUUAAUA